AUGUGUGAAAUUUGUCUGCCACGGGAUUUUCAAUCUCACAGUCAGCCAUUACAGCAGAAUAUCAAGCAUCAUUCUCCAUCCAAUUUGCAAGACUUUCACCCUCAGCUAAAGGGCAUCCGACAAAAGCAGAAUAUCGUCUUUCUUGGGGCAUACCUACCAGUUUCUGUCCAACAAACAUCUCCUGAUCCAACACCUCAGCCUAAGCUGGAGACAAGCCAACAAGUAACUGCUAUGAAUGUGGCCAAGCUUUCUUCAGAACCAGCGCAUCGAUCAAGUUUCAACUAUGAGCGGCCAAGUGAUUUCAUUCAAUCACAGACUAAGUGCCAACCAAAGUUCCUAUCUCUGACAUCGGAGGUCACUGGAAGUCCAUUACCUCAGCAUCCCCCUGCAAUGCAAACAAAAUCUCACAGUGUUCAUCAAUUUUCUAAUUCCUUCCAGCAAUCACAAAGCCAAAACAGCCAGCAAAUGUCUGCUUUAUCAUCAACAUUAAGCUCUCCCAUUUCUACUGCGUCUUCAUCAUUUGGCUCUAAUAGAGAGUCAACUCCAGCACUUCCAUUACCAACUCUUCGAUCUUCUUUUUGUCCUCAGUCACCUCCUUACACUUCUUCUAAACAGAAAUCCUCUCCCUUCACUCAGUCCCCUGCUGCCUUUCUCAGUUCAGUGCUUCCAUCCCAAUUUGCUCCUGUUCCAAAAACUGAAAUGCAGCUGCCUAGUGAAGAUAUUAAUUACAGAUACCCCAGUGAUUCUGGAAAGAAAAUCAAGUCACCAAGGCCCACCAGUGAUGAACAGAUACAAGGCUCGAAAAAUGCUGUCAUUCAAGACUUGGAAAGAAAAUUGCGGUGUAAGAAUGGGCUUCCGCAUGAUGGGCAUCAGCGAUUAACAUAUGAAGAAAAGAUGGCUCGCAGAUUACUCGGACCAGAGAACGCUGCCUCUGUCCUUAAUCUUCAAAGGAUGGAAAAUGAGCAGAUCAGCGAGCAACAAAACUCUUCAGAAGGCCAAAGAUGGCAAGCACACCAAUCACCAACAGAAAGACAAAGAGUCGGCUCCAGGGAGGUUGAAAAUGAGAAUGAAUCGAUUCAAGAGAAGCUCUUUCCUCCUCGCUUUUUACAGAAACCGGAUGAAAAUAUGAUAAUUCAACAGUAUGGGCUAUGUAGAAUUGAUUGCAAGGUCAGUGGAUUGCCACCUCCAGAACUUAUGUGGUAUUUAAAUGGGCAACCUGUUGAACAGAAUAUGGGUCAUAAAAUGCUUGUAUCAGGAAAAGGUGUACAUUCGCUCAUUAUUGAUGCAGUUACAGCAAGCGAUGCUGGACAGUAUGAAUGUGUAGCCAUCAAUCGUGCUGGCCAGAGUAGGUUCACAGUGCAUCUUGAAGUAGAAGUAAGAGGAAUAGUAAGAGCACCAGAAUUUACCUAUAAACUCCAGAAUUCUAGAGCUGUCGAAGGAGGAAAUGUUAAGUUGGAAUGUCAGGUGACUGGAGAACCAUGGCCAAUCAUCUUCUGGAGAAAAGAUCAUGAAAUGAUCAAGCACAGUACAGACAGAAUCAGGAUAUACCAAACCAAUGAAGGUAAAGUUGGCCUUGAAAUUUUUCCAGUUGAUAAACAUGAUGGUGGAUGGUACACUGUGUCUGCCCAAAAUGAGGCUGGAUCAACAAUCUGCACAGCAAGACUGGAUAUUGCUGCUUGGCCAGUGAAACACGUUUCAAACACAAAGUCACUGAAGGUCCGACCAACUUUUACCCGUUACUCAGUGCUUAAUGGUCAGGGUUUUCUGGUGGCCCCAGACUCUCAAUGUACUGCAUCCUACCCUGGCUUAGUAGAAAGUGAAGAUCUGUGA